AGUGUGCAGUCCGGUGUUCGGUGCCAAUUACCGCGAAAGGCAGUGUUUUUGCAGCACCCGAGCAGGUCGAUAGGACGUAGGAAAAGUGAAAGGAGUGCGGCCACACAAGAAAUGACCAACCUCACCGCGUAGGAGGCCGCUGCGCUGAUUCCUGCGGCCGGGGCGUGACCGGACGAAUUAGAACAUCGACCAUCGCGGGGGUGGGGGCAAGAAACAUGAAAAUAACGGCAGUCGACCGACAGUACACUACUAGAGCCCGUUGGACAACCGCAAUCGCUAGAUUGGCCGCCCGAAAGAAACCGCUGAAUCGCUGAGUCCGCCAUGAGAGACGGCGAGCGUCGCCAUUGCCGCGUUUGGUAGAUCGUGCGAGAUCUGCCGUUUAUGAUAUCCGCCCUUCCGCCGUCCCGUCGUGUCGUGGUGUGGUCCCGCGUGUUCCGGUUCGCGUGUGUAGUACCGUGUGCCACCCCGAUACCGAGUGGCGCUAGUGGCACCGGUUGUUUCCCGACGAGCGUGUCGCAGAGCGUGUUACAUAUGUCAUUGCUGCCUGCCAGUGCGCGGUCCACGGUCCAGAGCACCCCUCGCCACCACCACCCGAGCACUGUCGGCGUAACUUCAACUCAUCUCGGCUGGGACUUUCAGGCAAAUCCCCAUCACCAUCAUCAUCAUCAUCAACAUCUUCCGCUUCACCGCCGUAUUUACUAUCAACGCGACGCUAAAAGCAACGAUCAACAAUGAUGAAUCGGAUCCGGUUGGCGCCGGUGCUGUACCUCCUGCACUUGCUGUUCUGCUUGCACCGUGGCAGUGCCGACACGUUGGGGUCAGCUAGCGACGGAACUGGACGUGACAUCCGAGCACGCACCGUGCGGAAAACACAUGGUGGAGUCGAGGAUCGCGCGAACGGGAUCGACACGCCGCUGGACCAGCUACACCUGAAGUACUACAACCUGGUGCAGGUGGACCUGGUGCGCAUGCCGAGCGAGUCGAGCGCUGGCACACCGCUAGUGACGGCCAGUGCUGGCGAGGGCCUCAAGAAGCUCGACCCGGCGGCGGCGGCGGCGGCCCCUAAGCAAGCCAAGCCGGACAGCCCGGCUCCGGUGAAGACGCUGGCGGACCAGGUCGCCGAGGGCAAGUACGGGCUGAUCCACCGGGAGCUGUUCCAGCGUCGACCGCACCGCGUCGGGGUGCUGAGCUACCAGCGCAACGAGGAAGUCCCGCUAGACGACGAGCGUAACUACGGUGGCCUGAGCCCGGACGAGAUCUGGCUGGCCGAGGACCACCUGCUGGUGCUGAAGGGGGGCUCGAUCAGCUUCAACAACCAGCAGCAGCCGAACCGCUCGGUGUCCCCGUCCGCGUCCGUGGUGUGGAAACCGAUCGACGACUACCGGGCGCCGGACCGGCAGGUUCAGAUCCCGGCCAACCCGUCGGUGCCGCCUCCCUUUCCUGUUCAGCUCCGCGAGAACGGACCGAUUGAGUUUAUCCGAGGUCAUCAGACAGCGGCAUUUAAUCCAUUUACUAAUGAAUCGGCGUUCCUAUUCACCAACAAAGCGUUCCCGGUCAUACGACCGGAAGAUUUCGGCGGGCAAAAUAUACUUGCCGGGCCAGCGGCGCACAAUGGUACUGGCCAGCACCACGGGGUCCAGUAUCCGGCCCCCGUCCACCCGCCCCCGGUCAGCGACAAUCGGACGUACUCGAACCCGUUCCUAAAGCUGCCCCCGCUGGAGCCGCCCCUGGGACCACCACCGCUCGGUUCGCUGGACGACGCGCAGAAUCGCACCGGGGUGCGCGACGAAGACGACCCGUCCCUAUACUAUCCGCCGCCGUACACGUUCGAGUACCGUGCGAACUACACGAACCCGGUCCCACCGGGGCCACUAGUGCCCGGCAUUAUCUUGCCGCCACCGCCAAACUUCUUCAUUCUGAAGCCGACCCCCAGCGGGACCAACGGGACGGGCACCAGCGAAGCCGCGGGCGGAUCGUCGUCGGCUGCGAAGCCGAUGCACCGACCCAGCCCAGGACGCCCGACUAGCCUGCUGAUGGCGGUCCCAAUGCAGACCCAGAUGCCGACGAGACCGCCGGCCCGUGUCGAGAUACAGAAGGCCGUACUGAAGUCGUUCGUGCCGGUGAUUGAGGUGUACGAGGCCGCACCGCUGCCAAAACCGACCGCUGCCGGCAGCAAGCGGCCGCGAGUGAAGCCGACGACCGUGCCGGACAUCUUGAGCACCACCACGACCACCACCACUCCGACGGCGGCCACUCCGACGACGUCACUGUUGACGCCCUCGACGAAGCUGCACAAGAUUCCGCACGAGGCGCACCGUCAGCCCGGCGGCAGUGGCCCGCCGCCCGUCAAGGCACCAGCUCACCCGAUCUAUGCCGAGUACUUCAACAUCAAGUCGACGUCCGCGCCCUCGUUCUGGGGUGACGUGGUGUCACCGACGCCGCACCCGCCACGUACGUACCUGCCGGCCAAGGUACGGAACCCGGCCGGACACCAGAGCAACGAGUUCAUCUCCACUUACGGCUACAGCCCGAUCGAGCAGUUCCACCGGGAGGUGCACACGAUCCGCCAGACGCUGCAAAUCUACGAGAAGGCCAACAAGCUGUCGAAGGCCUCGCGGACGUCAAAGGUUCACCCGGUCCACCACCACUACGCAAGGCCCGAGCCAGCGGCUCCCGGCAGCACCCUGUACCACAGCGUGUUCUCGGACGUCGCCCCACAGUCGCCGGUAGUUGGGCCGCACAAGUACGCGUCGACCGGCAGCGGAACCGCGUACGCCAACUAUGAACCACAGGCACCGGCGUCGCCACCACCGCCGCCACCAGCGUCGUAUCAUCACACCUUCCGACCGAGCCCCGUCCACCAGGAGCUUCCACCGAGCUACUACGUCACCACGACCACCGGUGACGGCGCCCCGUUCGGGACGUUCGGGCGUAUCUAUCCUUCGUACGUAUCACCCGACCAGAGCGGCUCACACCUGGGUCCUGGGCCACAGCACUACUACCAGCAGCAGCAACAGCAGCAGCAGCUGCCCGCCGAGCCGAAGUACCCGUCGCAGACGGACCUGUCCUACAUCGCACCGGUCAUCCUAAACAACGGGGCCAGCGGAUACAAUCGGCAGCCGACCGAGGUGGACGGUACGACGACCAAAUCCUACCUCAUCCUGGACCACCGGACCGCGGGCCGUUUGCGUGAGCGCCAGCCACGGCCCUCAUUGGUUGCACCACCACCUGUCGGGUACCUGUCGGGGUAUCGCACCAACACGGCGACCAACGGUGGCCUCUACGAGGGCGAGCAGGGGCUGCCGGCACGAGACCGGUACCUGGAGGGCGACAUCCUGGUCAACUACAAGCACCCGCUGCCGGCGCUAAACCCGGACAGCGAGUACUUGCCGUACCACCACCGACUGAAGGUUCGCAAACGCCAGAACCACCGCCAGAUGGUGAGUGAGCCGAAAGCGUACCCUUCCACCGGUCAGCCGCUGUAUUCGCACCGAUAGGGCUGGCACUAUUAGGCAGUAGCAGUAGCAGUAGUAGUAGUAGUUUGGCAUGGGAGCGACUGGGCAGUGCACGGAGGCAGUUCGAGACGGAUCGAUCGACUAGUUGUAAAUAGGUAAAACACUUUGGCGGUUACGUGAGGCGAGCUGUGGGAACGGUGGGGUGAUCUAGCUAGGAAUUGUUGAAGCCACGUUUGGGUUAUCGUCAUAUAUUAAUGCAAUACUGUACAAUGGCACUGGGGAGGGCUGAGGGCCACUGCCUACACUGUUCACCACCACCGGCAGGGACGAGCAGCGUAGUCACAGGGUCAAACGGGAUGCCGCAAAGAUGCUAGGAGUGUUGCUGCUCGGUCUGCUGCGAUCGUUGGGGACGUUAUGUAAAAGACCACAAAACCACAAUUAUGUAUGUACUACUCUGUACUUCCGCUUUAUUGCUUGAUGAAUACAAAACUACGCA